CCAUCACCUUUCAAACGAUUUUCUACCGAGCAGUGUGAAUUAUCAAACAACUCUUGAACCGAUUUACGCUUCUUUUGCGUAUCUUACAGACUGUUCACACUGCGAAGGUUUCGAACGAGUUUGGCGUGUCGCGCUUCUUCCAUACACUCAACCCCUUUCGAAUACGACAAAGUAACGCCGAACUUUGAUUGUUAAUUGCGCAAUUAAUCUAUAUGAAUUACAAAAAAUUGCUGAUCAUAAUCUUCAGGGAUUUAGGAAUUGGAGGUUUCAUUAUUUGCUAUUUGGAUGGCCUCUCACGAAGUUGACCAGAAGUAUCUGGGCCAACUGGCGGCAAGCACUCGCCAUGAAAACCCGUUUCUUUCGAGCAUGCUGUACAAGAUCCUUGGUCUAUCUGUAAUAUUGUCGAAAAAACUGGUUCGCGCUCGGAAGCUCCGCCGCUUGGACCCGACGCGCGAGACCAAGUCUUUACAGUUGUAUUACCAUAUCGUAUGGCUGUCGCGCGAAGGAUUGGUGAUUGUGGAGCAGUACAUAUUACCGAUGGUACUUGCGUACAAAUUGCGCGCAUCAUUUUACCACAUUUUUGUGCUUUUUCACAAUCAGCCUGCCAUCCAUACCCCAGGGAUAUCAAGUCUACCGAGCUCCACCAAUCUGCCCAAUGGCGUCCGUCAUACACCAACAGAGGAUCAAUCAGAUCCAAAUCGAGAAUCAAUAUCGAAAACUCCUCCACCCAGUGAGGGUGGGCCGGUUCGGAUGCCUUCAGAAAGUAGCGUCAAAAAGGGUCCUCCAGGUCUGAACCCAUAUCCACCACCUAAACCGGCUGCAUCAUUUCUACUACCGGCUCUUGACUAUACGCAGACAGCGACUCCAUGUUUCAGCCAUGCAGCAACUCUAGCAGAUACGCUGCUCCCCGGGUCGCACCCUCUCCGACUAUCUGUCAAACUUGAAUACGCAGCAUAUCUAUAUGACUGUCUCCACGAUGCCGAUGCUUGCCGUCGACUAGCAAAACAGACUAUUGCAGAUGUGUAUAAUGCGCAAGAAGGGAUGGAUGAUGAAAGUUUUGAGGAUGCCGCUGAAUUGGUUGCUGUUCUUGGACGAAUGGUAAAGCGUGGUGGUAAGACAAGCAGUGCCGGCGGCAGCAGUGUUGGCCGUGAUCGUGACCGCUCCCUCAGCAACGACCGCCAAAGUACGACUAGAGGGACCCCACCUCGGCAAACACCACAUACGCCUAUACGACAGACAACCGCAACGCACCGGAGGACACCUGUCCAGCAGUCAGCUUCACCUACUCUAAGUCGGAAGAACUGCUCUCCUCCCACACCUUCACAAAUGAAGGGUAAACCGGUACCGAAACAGUCUCCCUCUGCUGGGUCUGGAGGAAGCACCACACCCAAAGCGCCUGUCCCAAUUAUCAACCCUAUAUAGCAUGAUAUAGCAUGCGAUGCUACCUUCGUAUAAUUCAGUUUUCAAUGCAUUGGCGGUGGCGCAUGGAGUCAGCUUCUGUUAUUUAUUUUUCCUCGACCGCUUUCGACUUCAAUUCUUUUUUAUUUUUGCAUUUUCGGAAUUGUGCUUC